AUGACACUUAUCGGCAAAGCGGUUCACUUUUCAAUCGAUCUGACUCUUCUCUCCGUGUGUCUUGCCGGGGUUAAGAGAAAUACUGGUUUGACGCCGAAACUCGAGACGAUCGAAGAUUCCCACGUCAGAAAAUAUGCGCUCAAAUACCUCAACCUAGGAGAAUCUUGUUAUGACUACACAGUCGCCUAUUUGGGUUCUUCCCAGUAUUUCGCCAGAAAGUAA